ACUCUUUGCAGGCUGUCAGGCUGUCUAGUCACAGAGGAAGGCUGUGCUUCUCUGGUCUCAGCUCUGAGGUCAAACCCCUCACACCUGAGAGAGCUGGACCUGAGCUACAAUCACCCAGGAGACUCAGGAGUCAGACUGCUCUCUGCUGGACUGGAGGAUCCACACUGCAGACUGGAGAAACUCAAUGUGGAACAUGGUGGAGAGAACAGAAUGAAACCUGGGCUUAGAAAAUAUGUCUGUGAUCUCACACUGGACCUAAACACAGUAAACAGACUCCUCUCUCUGUCUGAGGAGAACAGAAAGGUGACAUGGAGGAGAGAGGAGCAGCCGUAUCCUGAUCACCCAGAGAGAUUUGAGGACUGUGGACAGGUGCUGUGUAGAGAGGGUCUGACUGGGCGCUGUUACUGGGAGGUAGAGUGGAGUGGGAGAAGGGGGGCUGGUAUAGGAGUGACAUAUAAAGGAAUCAGCAGGAGAGAAGGGGGUAAUGACUGUGGUCUUGGAUGGAAUGACAAGUCCUGGAGUCUGUUCUGCUCUGACAACAGUUACACUGCCAGGCACAAUAAUAAUCCCACUACCAUAGACGUCCCCUCCUCCAGCUCCCACAGAGUAGGAGUUUAUCUGGACUGGCCAGCCGGCACUCUGUCCUUCUAUAGAGCCUCCUCUGACACACUGACCCACCUGAUCACAUUCACCUCCACAUUCACUGAGCCCCUCUAUCCAGGGUUUGGGGUUUAUUAUUUUGGCGACUCAGUGUCCCUGAAAUAAUAACCUGACACACACACACACACACACACACACACUGGACACACACACACACUGGGCACAAACACACACUGGACUCACAAACACACACACUGGACUCACAAACACACAGACUGGACACACACACACAUUGGACACACACACACACACACACACACACACACACACACACACACACUGGACACACACACACACACUGGACACACACACACACACACUGACACACACACACACACACACUGGACACACACACACACACUGGACACACACACACACACUGGACACACACACACACACACACUGGACACACACUGGACACACACACACACACACACACACACACACACACACACACACACACUGGACACACACACACUGGACACACACACACACACACACUGGACACACACACACACACUGGACACACACACACACACACUGGACACACACACACUGGACACACACACACACUGGACACACACACACACACACACACUCUGGACACACACACACUCUGGACACACACACACACACUGGACACACACACACACACUGGACACACACACACUGGACAAAUACACACGCACACACACACUCUGGACACACACACACUCUGAACACACACACACACACUGGACACACACUCUGGACACACACACUCU